CAGGAGGGAGGGGGAGAGAAGCAGGGCCAAUUCAUCACUCCUGGGAGAUGCCUUAUUAACCCAUUAAACAGGGAGGUUACAGGAGGGAAGGAGGGGGGUCGGUCUGGAAACUGGAAAGGGCGUCUGAGCGUGAGAGACAGACAGAGGAAGAGGAGAGGGCCGGGGUAGAGGGGGGCUGGUGGAGACAGACAGAGCAGAGUGUGUGGGAGGGAAGGAGGCUGAGAAGACUUCACCAAAGCCACAGUAGACCAGCCGGGUGGGCUGGGAGGGGAAGAAGUUCCUCUGCUCUCCAAGGAAGGGCACACGACUAUUUCCUCUCCAUCCUCCUUCUUCCUUUUGGAGGCAACCUAAGGACGAGAACUAGAGCGAGGGCCGGAGAGUCGGCUUCACCUGGGAGAGGUGGGGAGGAAUAGCUCCGAUCCCCCACACACCUCCUCCUCAGGUGUCAGAUUAGAGGCUGCUGGCCAUGAAGAGGCUGGCUGAAGACAGUCCAUCGGACACAGAGUCUGAUGGGACCAUAGACGUGGGCAAAGAGGAGUACAGCCACAGCUCCGGGGCUCACUCUCCCACCGCCACAUCACAGAUGCAAGCCAGGAAGAAAAGGAGAGGGAUCAUUGAGAAAAGGCGGAGGGAUCGCAUCAACAGCAGCUUGUCGGAGCUCCGUCGUCUGGUCCCUACAGCCUUUGAGAAGCAGGGCUCCUCCAAGCUGGAGAAAGCAGAAAUCCUGCAGAUGACAGUGGACCACUUGAAGAUGCUCCGUGCCACCGGAGGGUCUGGACUCUUUGAUGCCCGUGCCCUGGCAGUGGACUACCGGAGCAUUGGCUUUCGAGAGUGCCUCACUGAAGUUGGAAGGUACCUUGGGAUCCUGGAGGGCCAGAGCAGCACGGAGCCCAUCCGGCUCCGCCUCCUCUCUCAUCUGCACAACUACAUUGCUGAGAUGGUGCCCUCUCCGGGGGCUUCCACCUUCCUGCCUUGCCCGGCUUGGCCCUGGGCAUUCCCUCACGGCUCCUCGGCAGCCUCGGGCCAGCUUCCAGUCCCUCAGCAAGGGUCCAGCCCAGGCUUGGCGCUCGUGACUGCCUCCUCUCUGGCCUACUCCAUCCCUAUGCUCCGAACGGCCCCUCUCCACCGUAUUUCUGGUGCCAUUCUGCCAGCCCGCAAGAGCUUUGUGAGCAAUCGGGUGCCAGCAUCGCCACAUAGGGCCCGCCCUGCAGGAAGGCCAGCUAGCCCAGCCUCGAUCCCCGUGGCUGGUGUGGCAUCCAGAAACAGCCACAUCGCUGCGGUUCUGCUCUCCUCCUCCUGCUCCUCCCCCUCCGCUGGAGUGCCGAUUCCUCCUGCAUACACAUCGCUCCCUGCACUGAGCCCAUCUGCUCAGGGGCCAAUGGGCAGGGUCGGCACCGCCAGACUCUGCCACUCCUGGACUACCGAAGUCGGGGCUUUCUGAGGUGAUUCCCUACCACAUGCCAGAGAACACGCACAGCUUCCAGUCCGUGGGGACCAUGAGCCUAGCCAGCCUGACUUUCCCCCUCUGUCUCCUGGAUAGCAGGAUAUAAAGGGCUCACUCUUCCAUCGCCAUCCCAACUUCUCUCCUUACCCAGCCUCUCCCUGCUUCUUACAGCACCCCCUCCAUUUCCCUUCUUCAUGUCAUCCUCCCUCAUUGAUCUAUUUCCCCUUCUCCAUUUCAGUUUUAGUAAUAAUUGUGAAACUGGCUGCCUGGUAUAUCAAACUGAGCCUUGGAUCCGAAGCCAGAGAACCCGGCUUCAUCUCCUGGCUCUUCUCCUUCCUGACUGAGUGACCCUGGGAAAAACCCUUCUCCUCUCUGGAUCUUAGAUAUAACCUCUUCAGAAUGCAGGAGUGGGACUAGAUGCUCUCCCCAUCCCUUUCAACUCCAGAGCUUGACACCUGUGGGGGUUUCCUCUAUGUGGAUGUAUUUCACCAUGUAAUUGACAAGUAAAACACAAACCUUCACAGUAUUCCCUAACCGUAGGGAAUUGUGGCACCCCCUAUAGGCAGUAAGAAUAGCCUGGGCAUUGCAAACCACUGGGCAGGCAAAGGAGGCUUCUUGGGCUUUAUUAAAGAGUCCUGAGUUAUUAAAGGCACCCUAAUCGGACACCACUAGGCCCUCGUUCCUUGGCUUCAGUACCUGUUCCUCUUCUAUGCCUGCCCCUUAUUGAACACUGAUUUACCCCAACUCCCCUCCCUAGCUUCCCCUUCAAAGAGUGACAUGACUCCCAGGGAAGGCCACGCCAUCUAGAUGACUCAGUGGUGGCUUGUUGUCAAGGUCCAUAGAGUGCCGGACUUGGAGCCAGGAAGGCCUAAAUUCAAAUCCUACUUACCAGCUGUUCCUAAAACUCUCUGUGCCUCAGUUUCCUCAUUGCUAAGAUGGAGAUAAUAACAGUACCUUUCCCCAGGGUUGUUGUGAGGAUCAAAAGAGUUGAAAUAUGUAAAAGUGCUUGGUGAACCUCACAGCGCUGUAUGGAUCAGUACUUGUUAUUAUUCUUACCCCAGUUGGUCGGCCAUUUCUGUGGGUCCAUGACAAAGUCAGUCCCUUCCAUGGCCCUUCCCAGCAGACAUCCUCAUCUGGCAUCAAUCAUGGUGGAGGGGAGGGGGAAGAAGGAGAGAAGGGGGAAUGUUUUGAGAGGAGAGAACAUUACUUCCCAGGCCAGCUAGCCCUUCUGGGAGGUCAAACCCAGAAGGAAUAAAUGACUUUGAAGCAGUAGUUUCUUGGGAACCCUAUGCCAGAAGAAGCAGCUGGAACACAAUGUCUGACCCCCUCCCCAGUGAAAAGUGUGAAUAAAUAUGAGGAAACACCAUGAAAAGAGCCAUUGGGAAAGAUGGCUCUGCUGCCUUUGUCCCAUUUCACUCUGGAUGAAUUGGAGAAACAAGGUCACAAGAUGGAGUUUUUGUCCCUUACUUACUACCACUGAAUAAAGAGCCUAAGUCACAGAAUCAGAGAAUCUCUGCGUUGGA